AUGAGCUCUCAACCCACCUGUACUCUGAAAACCCCAAACGCCGGCGGAACUGGUAAAAAGUGUUGUCUUGAAGAAGAAGAUCACAGUGAUGGAGAUGGUGACCUUACACAUGAAGAAGUCCUAGAACAAAAACAAAAUAUAACUGCAAAACUGAAAGCCCUUACUCAGAUUCGACAUCGAAAUGAAGGCAUUGGAAAGGUAGCUGGGCAUCAUCCAGUUCCUAAAGCAGCAACACCGUUCGCCAGAGCCAUACAUGAGUUUGUAAAAAUUCUCAUGGGCAUCCAACGAAAAUCGAGGGGGUCUUCAGCUCUUGAGGACGCCUCCCUGAAAAAGAUGCCAGACCCUCCAACAGAGGAGGAGCGUCAUGCUUGGGAGAAUCGGAGGCAGAGAAGAGAGAAACAACACUGCUGCAAACCGCCAGGAAGUACUUCGCCGCUGGUGUGGCAACAAGGGCCAAAAAUUUCAAGAACAAAGUCAAAGGUUGCAAUGAAAAGUACUCCUGAAGGCCAAAAAACCUUAGAAGAUAAUGUUGCAAUUGCAAAAAGCAUCACAAGCAAACAAAGAAAUAUGACUAAGAUCUAUGAGGCCAGGGUGUACAUGGCGGCUAAAUUCUUUGUAAAAGACUCCCCUGAAGCAGCAAUGCUGUCUCAUCCCAAAGUUCAAUCCAAAGAUGAACUAGUGUCAAGUAAUUCUUGUGGCUCUCGUCAAAAACUACGGCUUGAAUGGCGGAGUAAAGAGCUGGAUACUUUGAUUGGAUUGCUAGACACAGCUUAUUGGAAGCGCAAAACCAUUCCAAAAGAAAGAAGAUCAGCAAAGCAACAAGAAGUAAUAGUGUUGUCAGAACUGGAACUGGAUGAGAAUAACAAAGUGGAUAUUUGGAGUGCAAUCGAGGAUUCUAAGAUCACUUUCAAGUCCCUAUCAGUACUGGCAGCAGAACAGAACGGUGCCAGUGGCUCUAAUGGUAUGAAUACACAGCAACAGAACGGUCCCAGUGGCUAUAAUUAUGUUAUGAAUACACAGUGA